AUGUCAUCGAAUGACAAUGAUACAGUUCCUCUCACUACUGAUCUUCCUCCCUCUCUUCAUGAAGAUCUGUUCAAGUCAAAGCUUUCCUGGGAAGCUGAUAUAAUAGCAGGAAUUUACUUAAUAAUCACAGGAUUCAUAUCAAUAUUUGGAAAUGGAUAUGUGAUUUAUUUGCCAAUCAAACGGAAGGAAAAACUGAAACCUGCGGAACUGAUGACAAUUAACCUGGCAAUUUGUGAUUUUGGGAUGGCAGUUGGAGGUAAACCUUUCCUGAUCAGUUCUUGUUUUGCUCAUCGAUGGAUCUUUGGUUGGAUUGGCUGUCGCUGGCAUGGAUGGUCAGGGUUUUUCUUUGGAUGUGGUAGUCUAAUUACAAUAACAAUUGUAAGUCUGGACAGGUAUCUGAAAAUUUGCCAUUUACGAUAUGGUAUUUGGUUUCAAAGGUGGCAUGCCUUCGUAUGUUUGGGUUUUGCCUGGAUUUAUGCUGCAUUCUGGGCCACUAUUCCCCUAGUUGGCUGGGGAGACUAUGCUCCUGAGCCUUUUGGUACGUCAUGCACUCUGAACUGGUGGCUUGCACAAGUCUCUGUGGGUGGACAGGUCUUCAUUCUGAGCAUUCUUUUCUUUUGCCUUGUGCUUCCAACGGCUGUAAUAGUAUUCUCCUACGUAAAAAUCAUAGCCAAAGUAAAAUCAUCUGCCAAAGAAGUUGCGCAAUUCGAUUCAAGGAUUCAAAGUAACCAUUUACUGGAAAUGAAACUUACAAAGGUAACGAUGUUAAUAUGCGCAGGAUUCUUGAUUGCUUGGAUUCCAUAUGCUGUUGUUUCAGUGUGGUCGGCCUUUGGUACUCCUGACUCAGUGCCAGUUAAAGUUUCUUUUGUACCAACCAUGUUUGCAAAGUCAGCAGCAAUGUACAAUCCUAUCAUUUAUCAGUUGAUUGACUGCCGAUGCGGGUUGAGGAAGACUUCUAGCUGUUUCAGAUCUUCACAUUCAAAACCAUCGCGCCAGAAAUCUCGAAUUGUCUCAGUGAUUGGAGAUUGUAAUCACGUAGAAGUGAAUGAAACUAAGCUGGAGAGCUGAAAUUGGACUGAAGAAAUUGCUUAGAAACUUUCCUUACAACUUAUCAAUUGAUAAUCAGUUUUUUUCGGGACAGAUUUCAAUUCAUGAAGACCAAAUUUAAAAAAUAAACAUGUCUUGAAAAUUAAUUAUACCACUU